AUGAAUAAACUCUCGACGACCUCCGUCUCCUUGGCUGUCAUGCCGACGGUGAUUGGGACCUUCUUUUCACAUUAUCUCAAUCGUGAACCCUUACAUCAAAAACCCACGGCGCACCUUUCCUACCACGAGGGCCUCCGCUUAAUCAAGGCCUUCCUCGAAUUCGCGUCCCACCACACUGUCGAAGAACUUCAGGCAUUCACCGCUCGGUGGGUUCCCCAUCCACAAUGGGUCAAGGUCAAAGAUGUCACCAUCCCGGAGGAGCCGCUCAUGCGCGCAGCUUCCCUCCUCCAAGACCAGCUCGGCGAAGACGGCAUCCGAAAAGUCGGCGGUCGCCAGUGGUGGCAAUGGAGGAAGCCCGACACGCCGUUCAAAGCGGAGUGGGUAGAAAUGCGCGAGGACUACAACGCGCGCAAAGAAAACGGCGAUCCGGGAAGCCGGGUGAUGUUGUACGUUCACGGCGGCGCGUAUUACUUUGGCAGCGUGGACGAGCACCGUUACCAGAUGCAGAGACACGCGCGGAAGCUUAAAGCUAGGAUUUUUGCUCCUGAGUAUCGGCUUGCGCCGCAGUUUCCUUUCCCUUGCGGGUUGCAGGAUUGUCUGGCGGCGUACUUGUACCUACUUGAGAAGCAGGAUCCGAGCACGAUUGUUCUGGCGGGGGACUCGGCUGGUGGCGGGAUGGUGAUGUCUAUGCUGGUGACUUUGAGGGAUAGGGGAAUUCCCCUGCCUGCUGGCGCUGUGCUCAUCAGUCCCUGGGUCGAUUUGACGCAUUCUUUCCCAAGCAUCAACGGCGAUAGUUCUCUGGAUUAUAUCCCGCCUUGUGGGUUCCAUCACAAGCCGUCGAUGGUGUGGCCACCGCCUAAUGGUACCGAGAUGGAUUUAAUCGAGAAGCAGGCCAAGGAGAGGAGGACGAGGCUAUCUUGCUCGAUAACACGGCAGAACGACGAAACUAUAGAGGCCGCUUCUUCUGAGUCUGCCGGCGAUAACCAAGCCAGUGCGAAGGCAGACCACGACCGUCAAAGGCUCGCUCUCGAGCGAAUGCUCACUAUUGACAUUGACGGCAAGAAUAUGCAACUUGAUGACCAGAUUCAGAUGUAUACAACCAACGAACUUCUUUCCCACCCCCUCGUGAGCCCGGUCCUUCAGCCCUCCCUUGGUGGACUACCCCCACUCCUUAUCAUGGUCGGAGGUGCCGAGGUCCUCCGCGAUGAACAAGUCUUCCUCGCCCAUAAAUGCGCCAAACCAAAGAAGUACGGCCUCCCACCUGAUUCUCUCACAGACGCAGGAAGGAAACAGUUAGAAAAGUACCCUCCGACACCUGUACAACUCCAGGUUUGGGACGAUUUAUGUCACGUUGCACCCACAUUAAGCUUUACGCGACCGGCCAAAUUCAUGUAUCGAUCCGUCGCGCAGUUCAGCGCCUGGGCGCUCGCACGGGCGCAGAACUGUUCUAUUCCUAUUCUUUACGACGACGAUAUCUCCGUAAUUUCGUCUUCCGAAUCCGACGACACGGAAGAAGAAACACCAGCUACUUCCUCUGAGAAACAGGACACUACACCAUCUACAGACCCGCCAAACCGGGGAAAUACGUCGCAAGAAGUUGUAGUUGGGAGGGCAGGCGAUCCUUUGCCGCCCUUUAAAGACCACAUGAUCCGUCAGCGCGUCACAAGACACGGUGACAUUCUCCCAUUAGAGCCCGAGACCGAACUACCAGGCUGCACCCUGAAACCAAGCGACGUGGGCGUCAUCAAAGAAGGCCCCGUUCGCAAGUGGCUCGCCGCUAGAGAACUCUGGGACAAGAAGUACGCCCGCACCAAAGCCAGGGUCCACAGGCACCUCGUCAAGGAAAUGGCGGACGGAUACCUAGACUUCGGGGACGGCGAGACCCCCCCGCCUAGCGCCAUAGUCGGACGUAGGAGGGCGGCCAGCACGUGGGGAGAUUGGGGCCACAAGAAGACGAAGAGCAUGGGCCUUGCGCUGUGGUCUUUGUGGGGAUCGAAGCAUGAUGAGAUGACGGUGGUGCGUGAAUCCAAGGCCGGGAAGGAGGCUGCGGCGUCGAGCCAAAAUGUGGAGGCCCAAGAAACUGUCGUUCCUGACCGGCUGGUUGUCCCUGCUACUCACACUCAUGAACGCGUGCUCAGCAGGUCUGGCUCUCGGCAGAUGGUUGUUGUGGACCAAAACCAGACCGGCGAGCAGAACGCUGACCUUCUUCGUGGAGAGACUCUCGUCGAGGAUCUCCUUCGCUCGAGGAGGGAGAAGGAGGCCGAGAGACGGGAAGAACUCGGUCCCGACUACGUCCCUGAGACCGGUGUUGCUGGGAAGCGGCCUAUGGUGGACGGUAUCGCGGUUCCAUUUAGUCUGAACAAGGACGCAACUACUUCGAGCAUGGUUACCCUUCACUCGGAUGACGAGGCUCCUGCGACGGCCGUCAAAGAGCUUGGGGAGGGUCGUGCGAUGUCGCCGGAGACGGAGAAGGUUGAUACGGCCCACAACAAUGUAACGGGUCGAAAUCACCGCGGUCCCAUCGCGAAUGAGUAA